AUGCGGGAAAAAAAUGGAAGGUUUUGUCUUGAAAAUAUCGCUGAAAAAUUGCUAGACGAUAAUCGCAGUUCGAACUCGAGUUUCUUACAGAAAUAUCAAAGUUUUUCAAUUUUUUUUCUGGAAAACUGGCUAAGUAAAAAUUGUGCAAUUUUUUCAGGAGAAAGACGAAAAUGAGGAGCUUAUUAUAGGAAAAUUUCAAAAUUUUCCAGUGGAAAAUCAUUUCAGGAAAAAUUCUGGAAAAUUGACUUUUUUAAGCAAAAUUGAGGAAAAUUCACCCUCUUACAUUUUAAUUUUUUUCUGGAAAACUGGCAACG